AUGGGAUUGAGCAGUGAACAACUGGUCGAAGAGGCACGCUGGAGGGACGCAAGAUUCCCCCCACGUCCAUGGCGGUGGAUAGACGGACCAGGGUGUCAGAUACCCUCGCGGCCAACUAACCGAGUAGACAUGGAUGGGAUGGCCAAGUGGUGGAAGCUUGUGGACGCCGUCUGGGACUACGAUCUUCUCCUCAAGAAAAUUGCCAAGGUUCGCUCUGAGAACUGGCCAUUUGACUUCAACAGCAGAGGCCAAAUGAGGUUCGAGCGCGAACCGCAGGGUCCAGCGGUGCGGAUUGAGCGCAAGGACCGAUACUACUAUCCCGAAAUUGGAGGGCGAUAUGUCUUGGGUGGGGAAAUAGCAAGAAUGAUCGAUUCUUGGUUCAUUGAGCCACCAUCGUAUGAUACUAGGAGGGAUUCGAUCUACUUUGGGCGUAUCGAGGUGCCCAGCUGGGCAAAGGACCAAGGAGCCAUCAUUGUCUCGUCGCGGGGUGUUACUGGUCUGACAUUCGAUGAUGAGGACCGCGUUUCCUGGGAUGGUAUGUCGGGGACUCCGGUUAUUUGGGCCAAGGAAGUGAGCCUUGAAUGCCCUACCAGCCUUACGCGAGCCACUGUUUUCACUGCGGUGAAAACCCAAAGUGGCCAAGAUGCGAUCCUGGUCGCUUAUGACCCAGAUGAGGAACAGGAAGACGCGCAAGACUCCGAAAAGAUAAUCGACGUGAAAAAAGAGAGAAUUGCCAUCAAGUCAGAGGUGGUAAAUGGAAGCCAGAAACUUCACCUUCCGCAGGACAUUCCCAUCAAGUCUGAGGCGGUAAAUGGAACCUCCGAACUUGAUGUCAAGAAUGAACCUACUGUCAAACCACCUACCACCACGCCUCAGCAACAGUCGUCAGCACACAACAGGUCUCCCCGUAUACUCAAGAGGGAACCAGAGCCCCACAUCGUCACCGGUCACAACAAACGUGGCAGAACCAGGUCAAGUGCCUUGACCCAGGGCAGCAACACUGAAUCAUGGGUGGAAAUGGCUUCCACGAUGAUCCGCCAGGCAGCCUCUGCGGACAGGGAACAUCAGGCGCUGAUUCGAAGUAUUCGCGAGGACGUCAAAUCUCUUCAAUCCAGAGCUAAUGCUUUAAAGGCGUCAGCACCGCUGCCUAGAGCUCUAGAGGAUGUCCGGAAACUCAUGGCUGAGCACGAAGACGACGUGCUAGGGACAGAGCAGGUUGCGAGAACGAUGCAAAUCAUCCUGCAGAAACUCCCUUCUUGA